UGCGAGCCGCCAGUGCCGGAGCCGGAUCCUCAGGAGCGCCAGUGUUACCGUCUGCGGAUAGGGGGGCUGGGUUUGAGUUGUGCUGGGUGGAGUGGGAUGGCGUGGGGGACCCACUUCUUUCCCAUGCUGCCGAAAGGUAGAGUUGGUGCUGCUGGGCACAGUAGAGGAUUGGACGCCGAGCUCAUGUGACAGCUCGCUGGCGACAUGUGCUUUAAGGCCCCGGGUGACAGCGGAGUUGUGACAUAGCGGCUUUCGGCUCACUUCGUUCCGGAUUGCGAAGGACCCGUCAUAGCUUCGGCCUGAAAGUUUGACCUAAUCGUUUUCGACCCAAAUCGAACGAAUACUGCAGGAUUCCUGUGCUAGAAUAAUGUUGGAGACAGUAACAUCUUUUUCUCCAUCUUAAUAUCAAGAGAACCAUGAACACAGUGGAGGAGGAGCCAGACCACAGUAUACCAUGAAGAGAAGUCUACAGAUCCUGCACUGCCCGCUGCUGAGUGUCUUAACACUACUGGCAGGGUCUGUGGGAGUAGUGUCCUUGUCACAGGAGCUCCUUCCCAAUCGGACGUCUCAGGAAUCUGUCACCGUAUCCAUGGAGAGUCGAUCGGCUGCUUUUUUCGGAGGCUUUGCAGAGGGAGAAGAUAGCUCCAGCAGCAGAGAAUGGCUCAUCCAGAGCAGCCCCCCAAUCAUGUACAAGAUCCAGCCUACGGCAACUCUUGGCGCCACAGCUGGGAUUGAUGUCAGCUUGUCCACUACUGCUAAUCUGGCUAGCUUGAUGCACAGCCCUGCUCAGGUCGUGCCAGCUAAAGCACUCAGCCAGGAGGAGCCCACAGACAGUAGCCAUCUUUUGCUCACUACUGAGCUGCACCCCUCCACCUCCCUCUCCUUGGUCUCUUCCCCUUCCUUCUCCUCUUCCUCCUUGUCACAGCGGAGAUUCAAAGAACUGGCCCGGACAACACCUGAACUCGUGCUGCCUCAUGUCAUCACCCUUCGGGCGGUGGACUCCAUCCCCCCCGAGAAUCUCACUCAGUCUGAGCUGGUGAAGGAGCAGAAAACAUCUGCACCACAGAACCUGACAGACGAGGCAAUGCCAUCCUCAAAGACUGCCGCCUCUCCCUCUGCCCUGCCCUCGACUCUGCCCUCUGCCCCCCUCUCUGCUUCACCUGGUCCCGAACCGCCUUCCCCAAACCCUGUCAGUAGUGCUCCAGCACUCAGUUCCACUAACAGUACCAGCAUGUCUGCCGCCAAUGCUUCAGACUUUGCUUGGUCACAGGCCAACACCGCAAACCCCGGGCCCCAGUUCCCCACGGACUUGGCCUCCAGCCCUCCCAGGCAGUCGAACGGUACCACCAAAGCUCCCUACACAGCCACUAGCAACUUCUACAGCAGGCUGGUCCCUGUUCCUACCCACAUUCUCCAAAGUCCUGGUAACCACUCAAGCCCUGGGCUGGACUCCCCAUAUACUAGCAGAACCAUCUGCCUGGGCAAGAUGGACAUCGUGUGGAUCAUACUGGCCAUCAGUGUUCCUGUCUCAUCCUGCUCUGUACUCCUGACGGUCUGCUGCAUGAAGCGGAAGAAGAAGACCUCCAUUCAGGAGAACAACGUGAGCUACUGGAACGACACCAUCACCAUGGACUACUUCAACCGGCAUGCCGUCGACCUUCCCAGGAAUAUUCAGUCCUUGGAGAUGGCUGAGGAACAGGAGGCUUGCCUGCCCCCCAACGGAGACUUUACCAGCAGCGGAGUGGUGCUGGUGAAUCCCUUUUGCCAAGAGACGCUCUUCAUCAACAGGGAAAAGGCCUCAGAUGAUAUCUAGAAGAUUCUGUCACUUGCCACUUAAGGAGAGAGAACGACCAGGAGAGCUUUCCCUUUUUGCAAAGGUUGUAAACUUGUUUUUAUAAAUAUAAUAAACUCUGAGAGAGACUGGUCUUUAUAAAUAAGAUAUAAUUAUACAGAUGUAAAAGUCAAAAAGAUGUUAUUUACAGUACUGUGAGGGUGUGGGAUAUUUUUAUGGUGUACAUUUUUUACAGCUGCGUAAUUGUGACACGGAGUGAUGUAUUUUUAAGACGAAUUGUCUGCAUUUGUUGGUUUGUCUUUCCAAGAAAGUACCUGAGCACUAGGAUGAAAAUAGUCUGUCAAGAUUUCAGUGUUUUUUUUUUUCCCCAAGGAAACGUCUGAUGAGCUUGAAUUCUGUAUAUAACCAUGAGAGAUUUUUGCAGCGCUAGCAACUAAUAUCUAGCUGUGCAUCUGAAAGAGCCUUAAACUGACAUAGGAAUUGAUGACAGAUGGAGGAUGUAGAUUUAUUGUAGUUUGCCAUGUCACCAGUCUGAGGAGCACCAUACAAACUGUUUAAAAUGUCUUAGUCCCUUUGUCAAGCAGUCCUAAAUUGUCACCACUUAUCUAUAUUAGUGUCUUCUGGUGUGUGCGUGCUUGUGUGUGUGUAUCUUUCAUCAUCAGUUGAGUUUCCUGUUCAUUGUGCAUGUGCGUGGCUCUGAUGUUUUUUGGCCUGGAGACUGUGUCCAGGCUUUGCAUUCAGCUCCUGUGGUGAGUUCCAGCACCCUCUGUGUAAAUGAGAAGACUGGUUUGACUCAGCCAGGGGACCCUCUGUACUGUACUGUGAGAAAACAGGGACCCAAAAUAACCAUUUUCCCGUCCUGGAAAGAUUGUGUGCCAAGAAGCAAUGAGAAAGGAAAGGUAGAGAUGUAAGACAGACCAAUUAAAGACUUCAUAAUAUAUUUAUGCCCAUAUUUACUAUGGGGUUUGGCUCCCAGAGAGUUGACUGGUGUACGGACUACCGGCACAAACAGCACUGUGUUUCAUGCACUAAUAACAAGGAUGGCUUUUGCUCAGAGGAACUGGUAAUUCAGAUUAGGAGUAUACUGUGUUGCACUAUGGUUUACCUUGUUGUUAGUGAAGUCAGAGUGUACUUACAUGGAGAAUACUGAACAUCAUUUUAAAGGCAAAAAAAAAAAUGAAAUACAAAAACAAGUAAAAUCGUUAGUUUCGUAUUACAGUCAGAUUUCCUUUCUUUUUAAUUUUACUCUUUUCAUUUCUUUGUUGCCCAUUUGCUUGACACAAUGCUAUGGAUCAGGUUUACCCACGUGCCUCUGCAUUUGAGAUGACGUCUAUGAAACUUUUUUUUUUUUUGGAUUGUCAGACAAAAGACAAAGGAGGAAUGUAUUGCAGACCCGAGAUGCUGGGAAAGAAUUUCACAUGUAUCCAACAGCAAGCCUUUUUUGUAUCGUAGUAUGAACACUGUACUUUUUACUACCAAGCAAUAAAAAUAGAAAAGCUUUGAGGA